AUGGACGGGCUGCCCGGUCGGGCGUUGGGGGCCGCCUGCCUCCUGCUCCUGGCGGCCGGCUGGCUGGGGCCCGAGGCCUGGGGCUCCCCCACGCCCCCGCCGUCGCCCGCCGCGCCGCCCCCGCCCCCGCCGCCCGGAGCUCCCGGCGGUUCGCCGGACACCUGUACGUCGUGCGGCGGCGGCGGCGGCGGCUUCCGGCGGCCGGAGGAGCUGGGCCGGGUGGACGGCGACUUCCUGGAGGCGGUGAAGAGGCACAUCCUGAGCCGCCUGCAGUUGCGGGGCCGGCCCAACAUCACGCACGCCGUGCCCAAGGCCGCCAUGGUCACGGCCCUGCGCAAGCUGCACGCCGGCAAGGUGCGCGAGGACGGCCGCGUGGAGAUCCCGCACCUCGACGGCCACGCCAGCCCCGGCGCCGACGGCCAGGAGCGCGUCUCCGAGAUCAUCAGCUUCGCCGAGACAGAUGGCCUCGCCUCCUCCCGGGUCCGCCUGUAUUUCUUCGUCUCUAACGAAGGCAAUCAGAACCUAUUUGUGGUGCAGGCCAGCCUGUGGCUGUACCUGAAACUGCUCCCGUACGUCCUGGAGAAGGGCAGCCGGAGGAAGGUCCGGGUCAAGGUGUACUUCCAGGAACAGGGUCACGGUGACAGGUGGAACGCGGUGGAGAAGAAGGUGGACCUGAAGCGGAGCGGCUGGCACACCUUCCCGAUCACAGAGGCCAUCCAGGCCUUGUUUGAGCGCGGCGAGAGACGCCUCAACCUGGACGUGCAGUGCGACAGCUGCCAGGAGCUAGCCGUGGUGCCUGUGUUCGUGGACCCCGGGGAGGAGUCGCACAGGCCCUUUGUGGUGGUGCAGGCCCGCCUGGGUGAUAGCAGACAUCGCAUCCGCAAACGGGGUCUAGAGUGUGAUGGGAGGACCAGCCUGUGUUGCAGGCAACAGUUCUUCAUCGACUUUCGGCUCAUCGGCUGGAACGACUGGAUCAUUGCGCCCACUGGCUACUACGGGAACUACUGUGAGGGCAGCUGCCCGGCCUACCUGGCUGGGGUCCCCGGCUCGGCCUCCUCCUUCCACACCGCUGUGGUGAACCAGUACCGCAUGCGCGGCCUGAACCCUGGGCCCGUGAACUCUUGUUGCAUCCCCACCAAGCUGAGCUCUAUGUCCAUGCUCUACUUUGAUGACGAAUACAACAUCGUCAAGCGGGACGUGCCCAACAUGAUCGUGGAGGAGUGUGGCUGCGCCUGACAGUGGUGAUGGGUGCAGAGCACGGGCCCAUGGGUCUCUGAGGGAGCAGGAGAGGCAGGCGGGCUGAGUGCGGUUGCUCCAUUGGGCCAUGAAGAGUGCUAGGGUGAGGCCUGAAAUAAUGUUCUCCCGCUUCGUAGAAAACCAGUCAGAACCAGAGGGAGACCCUCGUGUGACACGAGAGACUCCUAACUGCACACAUAGACACACAUAGCCAGACUCAUGCAGCCUGCCACCCACACAGCAGCCUCCAGGAUACCAGCGAACGGAUGCGGUGACAAAUGGCAGCUUAGCUACCAAUGCCUGUCAGUCGGAGAGAAUGGGGUGAGCAGCCACCAUUCCCACCAGCUGGCUGGGGACUCUGAAUUGCGCCUUCUGAGCACACAUAAAAGCACAAAGACAGAGGACACAGAGAGAGUGAGCCAGAGAGCCACCAAGAGGAAACGCAGGGUGGGAGCACGGGCGGGCGGAGGGCCGUGUGCCCCUGGCUGGUCCCAGUCUCUUCGCCGCAGCGCCUGGUGCAGUCUGCCUGCUCACUCCCCGCCCAGCAUCCUCCAUGGUUUGAGGCCAGCAGAGCUGUGCCACCCUGCUCUUGGAGAAGGCAAAUAGCCCAGGAGGGACUCGCCCGUCACAGAGACCAUGGAGCAGGGACAGUGACCCUUUGACUGUCUAUCAUCUGGGUCCCUGGUGUGACUUGUGUGUAUGUGUGUUUGUUUUCAGGGGUGGGGCGGGGGGAGAAGAAGGGUCUUAAUUUUAUGCUUUAAACUUGUCUCCCAACAACUGACAGGGCAUUUGUGCCAGUCGCAGAAUUGAAAAGAGCCUAUCGGCUAUGACCUUUGAAGUGGAGAGGCCGAGCGAUCUCUAAGUGAGAAAGAAAAAAUGUUGCAAUCAGUGCCCUUUGCUGGGGACAUCCUAGCGCCAUGGUGAGAGGGGCAGGGGGUGACCACUAGGCAAAGGGAAGAGCCCAGAGGAGGCAGGGUAGAGUGGAGGAGUUCCGGGGAGCUGCUUAGCUGGUCUUGGAGAGACAGAGCUUUCGGCUGCUUUGCAGAAGUUGUCCCUGUGGGUGGGCUCUGGCCCCAGGGGUUGUCCGUGCACAUGGCUCCUGCCCACUUCCCUUGCCUGCCUGCCUGCCUGUCCGCCCCACGAAGCACUUGCGGUCCUGCGUGAGCGCACAUGACAGUAGCACUUGCAGGCCUCCGUGUGUCCAGAAGUGGCCCUGGGGCAAGAGCUGCCGUGGCUGUCCUUGUGGAUGUGCGAGUGCCACGCGAACUAUGCAAUUUAAAGGGUUGACCCACACUAGGCGAAACUGGACUCGUACGACUCUUUUAUAUUUUUAUACUUGAAAUGAAAUCCUUUGCUUCUUUUCUAAGCGAAUGAUUGCUUUCAAUGUUUGCACUGAUUUAGUUGCAUGGUUAGUCAGAAACUGCCAUUUGAAAAAAAGUUAUUUUUAUAGCAGCAGAAAAAUGAAUACAGUUAAAUGUAUUAUACAUAAUUUUGGAACCAAAGAGGCCAGCGGAUCAGUUUUAAUUUUUAUUAGAUGGUGAGGCCAUCUCCUAUGAGGUGGAUGUUCUAAGCAAUCCCUUGAGUGGCCUGCCAGCAUUUCAGGGUAUAAAUGAAAUUUUUUUUAUUCAGUUGGUGUGUCAUUUCUGUCCGUACACACCCAGAAGGUAGAGUAAAAUAAAUGACUGGUAGAAUGCAGGUGUGUAUCUGUAAGUCUCAUCUUUAGUUUAUUUAAUAAAGCCCUCCUUAGGUUCUGUUUCAUAAUAACUUAAAGCCAAACAGUUUCCCCCACAGACUGGCUGUCUUAAGUAUUUUACGUUCGUGUACAGUUUAAGACAAUAAAAGAUGGAGUGCCACAGG